AUGGAUGAGAAGGCCAAACCUCCUCUACCGGAGGACUCGGCAUCCAGCCACUCUGGAGAGCUUGCAACGAUCAGUCACACGCCCAGCACAGACGAGAAGGCAGAUCAAGAUGCCUCGCACCGAAGCUCACCCAACACCGCAACAGGGGAUGAGGCGGCUGCCACACCUCACACGCCAAAGACUGCAAUGGACUGGGAUGGCCCCAAUGACCCAGAAAACCCUCACAACUGGCCGAUGAUCAAGAAGCUAUACCACGCCGGCGUGACCGCCAUGCUCUCUUUCGUCGUUACGUACGGCAGCAGCACAUACUCGCCCGGAAUCAUUCAGGUGGCCGAGGAACUCAACGUCUCCACGACGGUCGCCACGCUGGGCCUGUCGCUGUACGUCCUCGGCCUCGGCCUGGGACCCAUGAUAUCCGCGGGCCUCUCCGAAACAUACGGGCGUCGAGUCGUAUACCUCUAUUGCACGCCCGUCUCCCUCCUCUUCACUCUCGGGGCCGGCCUCUCCCACAACAUCGCCUCCCUCCUCGCCUGCCGCUUCCUCGCGGGCGCCAUCGGUGCCGGGCCCCUUGCCGUCGGCGCGGGCACCAACGCCGACCUAUGGGCACCCAUCGACCGCGCCACGGGCUCCGCGUUCUGGAUCCUCAUGCCCUUCCUCGGCCCGGCCCUCGGGCCCAGCACGUCCUCGUACCCAACGCAACUUUCCACGUGGCGCUGGGGCCAGUGGAUGCUCCUCAUUGCCGGCGGCGCCACCUACGCCCUCUCCCUCUUCCAGCAAGAAACCUACAAGAAAGUCAUCCUGCUCCGGCGGGCAAAGAAAUACAACCUCCCGCCACCCCACGACCCUUUGCCGGGUGGGCUACGCCGCAUCACCGCGAUCCUCAACGUGACCUGCGUGCGCUCCAUGCGCAUGCUCUUCACCGAGCCCAUCUGCUUAGCCUUCUCCGCCUACAGCGCCUUCACCUUUGGCGUGCUCUUCGCCUUCUUCACAUCCGUUACCUAUGUAUACCGAACCGUCUACCACUUCACGACCGGGCAAGCCGGCCUCCCCUUCCUCGCCAUCGGCAUCGGCUCCGUGCUCGCCACCCUCCUCUUCCUCCUCAUCGACCGCCUCAGCUACCGCUCCCAACUCCUCUCCCGCCGCCGCUCGCACGACCCCCGCCCUUUACCUCCCGAAGAACGCCUGUAUGCCGCCAUGCUCGGCUCUCUACUCUUGCCCCCCUCCCUCUUCUGGUUCGGCUUCAGCGCCUGUGAUGCGUCGACGCACUGGAUCGUGCCCACCGUCGCCCUCGGCGUCUUCGGCUGCGGCAAUCUGCUGCUGUUCGACACCACGGCGACGUAUCUGGUGGACACGUACGGCGCGAUGGGCGGCGCGAGCGCCAUGAGCGCCAACAGUUUCGCGCGGUACGGUUUGGGCGCCGCGUUUCCGCUGUUUAGCGUGCAGAUGUAUGAGGGGUUGGGGAUUCGCUGGGCGAGUGCCCUGUUGGGGUUUGUGACGGUGGCGAUGCUGCCGAUUCCGUGGGUGUUUUAUCGGUGGGGGAGUAGGAUCAGGAAGAGGGGUGCGUUUCCGAAAAGUGAUGCUUGA